AUGGAUUCUUCAUUCUUACAUUACUCUUUGAACACACAAAAUCUUACUUUCAAUGAGAAUGACUCCAAAGUGAUGGUGCUCUAUGGAGUAUUAGCAAAAGCCAGGAGUUUCGAAUCCUCAUCGGAACGAACUGAUCGAAUGCAGUACUCGCCGGAGAAGGAAGUGAGAGUGUGGUUGGGAACUUUUGACACUACAGAAGCAGCAACAGCCUUGGCUUAUGAUCAAGCGGCAUUAGCCAUGCGAGGGUUGACCGCGAUGCUCAACUUUUCGGCCGAUGUUGUUUACAAAUCUUUGAAAGAGAUGAGGUACGAUUUCGAGGCUGGAUGUUCACUGGUGCGGCAUGGAAGAAAAGACACUCUAUGA